UUAAAGCACAGCCCACAGGGAGACAGACAGGCCUUCAGGAUUCCUGCGAUUUUGCUCCAGGAAAAGGACUCCCUUUUCGCAAUCUUUCACCGAAAAGCGCUUGAAAAAUGCAUGCACACACGCACAAUCCCCCCCUCCCUCCUGUUUUCCUUGACUUUUCUCUUUCUGGGGACCAAGAUUGAGAAAUGAAGCACAUUCUCAUUAUAAAAAAAAAAGAGAGUAAAAAGAUUCCCAUUAAAGUCUGAACAGAGGGGACUCCAAAGUCAUCACCACCUGCCUUUAAUUCCUCCUGCAUGGCUUCGUGUGACUCCUCUCCACACUCCUCCUCCACCUUUCUCUUCACUUCUCCACAAACACACUCACAGAGAGAGAGAGAGAGAGAGAGAGAGAGAGAGAGAGAGUUAAAGCUGAGUAGUCAAUCAAUGAAGGAAACAUGAGCUUUGGUGGAUCAAGGCCAAAAGGGUCCGCUUCUUGAAAGAACAGCAUUAGAUUCUUGUUUGUUGGUCGACCCAGAAUUUGUGGAGGAGAAUUUCAUCUCGUCGGUGGAGUAUUGUGAAGAAGAGUCGAGGUUAUCGUUUUUGUUGCCAUUAUCGCUUCUCUUUCUGUUAGAACUUUCUUUGUAAAAAGUUGGGGAAGAGAAGAGAUGGGCGUCGUGACAGUGGGUGAACUGAAGCCCAGCAUUUCGGGGAAGAGGUCGUUUCGUCCAAGUUCCAGCGUGCGCCAUGCUUCUGAAUGGCCGAUAUCCGAUGUUUCUAGCGAUCUCACUGUGGAAGUAGGAACAUCGAACUUUGCUCUCCACAAGUUUCCUCUCGUUUCUCGUAGUGGACGAAUCCGGAAAAUAUUGUUGGAAGCGAAGGACCCCAAAAUCUGCAGGAUAAAUCUCACCGCUGUCCCGGGAGGUGCAGAGGCGUUUGAGCUCGCUGCAAAGUUCUGUUACGGCAUAAACGUCGACAUUGCAUUAGCAAACAUUGCUUCGCUGCGAUGCAUUGCUCACUACCUGGAAAUGACCGAGGAAUUCGCCGAUAAGAACCUAGAAUCUCGAGCAGAAGCAUAUAUCAAGGACACCGUGCUUCCCAACAUAUCCCACUCGAUCUCGGUGCUCCAUCAGUGUGGGACGCUCUUGCCAGUAGCAGAGGACAUAAACCUCGUCUCACGCCUCAUAAAUGCAAUCGCGAGUAAUGCCUGCAAAGAGCAGCUCACCUCCGGCCUCUCCAAGCUCGACCACAACUUCCAGGGAAAAGUGAUGGAGCCAGAAACGCCUACCGAUUGGUGGGGCAAAUCGCUCGUUGUGCUUAAUCUGGAUUUCUUCCAGCGUGUCCUAUCCGCAGUCAAGUCAAAGGGGCUGAAACAGGACAUGAUCAGCAAAAUUCUGAUCAACUACGCACAAACUUCUCUUCAAGGCCUUUUGGCUAGAGAUCCGAACGUGAUGAAAGGAAGCCUACCGGAUUUAGACUUGAUAAAGAAGCAAAAAGUCAUGGUGGAAGCAAUUGUUAGUUUGCUUCCUACGCAGUCGAGGAAGAGUCCCGUUCCAAUGGGGUUCUUGUCGAGCUUGCUAAAAGCUGCGAUUGGAUCAUCGGCCUCUAUUUCGUGCAGAUCCGAUCUGGAGAGGAGAAUUGGCCUUCAACUCGACCAGGCAAUUCUGGAAGACAUCCUCAUUCCCGCCACUUCACAUGGGAACAGCCACAGCAUCACUAUGUACGACACUGACUUGGUCUUGAGGAUUUUCGCAAUCUUUCUGAACUUAGAUGAGGACGAGGAUGAGGACAAUCAUUUGAGAGAUGAAAGCGAAAUGGUUUACGACUUUGACAGCCCCGGAUCUCCUAAACAGAGUUCGAUUCUUAAGGUGUCCAAGCUGUUGGACAACUAUCUCACUGAAGUAGCGGUGGACUCAAACUUGUCGCCGUCCAAGUUCAUAGCUUUGACAGAGUUGCUACCGGACCACGCUCGUGUAGUGAGCGAUGGACUUUACCGAGCUGUGGACAUCUUUCUGAAGGUACACCCAAACAUCAAGGACUCGGAGCGCUACCGCCUGUGCAAAACCAUCGAUUGCCAAAAACUAUCUCAAGAAGCCUGCAGCCACGCAGCGCAGAACGAGAGGUUGCCUGUGCAGAUGGCGGUUCAAGUGCUGUACUUUGAGCAGAUCCGUCUCAGGAAUGCCAUGAAUGGAGGCCACAACCAAUUCUUCUUUGGAUCGCUCCAGGGCCAGUUUCCUCAGCGUUCCGGAAGCGGGGCCGGGAGCGGAGCCAUAUCUCCAAGAGACAACUAUGCAUCGGUGAGGCGAGAAAACCGAGAGCUGAAGCUCGAGGUUGCAAGAAUGAGAAUGAGGCUGACCGACUUGGAAAAAGACCACGUGUCAAUGAAGCAGGAACUUAUAAGGUCCCAUCCCGGUAACAAGCUCUUCAAAUCAUUCACCAAGAAGUUGAGCAAGCUGCAUUCUUUGUUUCGGUUAAGUGCGAUCAAGCCAUUAGGAGGGAAGGGCAACUCCGAGUCGCGGUUCUUGUUUCAGAAGCGGAGGCGGCACUCGGUUUCUUGAAUUAUGUAAAGGGUGUGUGAAUAGUGAGUGAAUGUAUAGUAUGAUAGCUAGUGGGGUUUUUGUGUAGUGUCAUGCUGAUCAUUUUGAUAAUUGGCUUUGCUUUGCUGUUA